CUUCAUAGAUUUCUGCGAACCUUGAAAGGUUAUGUACGCAACAACUAUCGUGUAGAAGGAUCAAUUGUUGAGGGUCAUAUUGCAGGAGAGUGCAUUACAUUGUUCUCUAGAUAUUUGAGUGAUAUGGAAACGAAGAAAAAUCGUCCAGAUAGGAAUUCUAAUUCUUCUAACAUUGAUCACAAUAGCUUAUCUAUAUUUAAUUGUCAUGGUAAACCACUAACAGGAGGUUUCUGGACAAAUUUGAAUACUUUAGAAAUCAAUCAGGCUCAUUUUUACAUUCUCCAAAAUUGUGAGGAAGUCAGACCUUGGAUUGAGGAACAUUUAGAAAUUUUAACAAAGGAGAAUAAUAGAAAUGUAGCAAAGAGACACAAGGAGGAAUUUCCUUUAUGGUUUGAAAAAAAGGUAAAAUCUUUCAUUUGAUGAUUUGUAAAUUUAUUUUUUAAAAUAACAUUAAUAUUAUUUGUGAUUUUGAAAUUAAAAUACUACAAGUGAUACAAUUAAAGGAAAAUGGUGAUAACCGAAUUACUGAAGAAUUACUAAUUUUGGCAAGACCUCCAGAUCCUCGAGGUUUUUGUUAUAGCGGAUAUAUCUUGAAUGGUUCUCGAUUUCGAACAAUGGAAUCUGAGCUAGGUUUGAAAAAUCAAAAUAGUGGUGUGGUUGUGAAGAGUAAUGAACAUACAGGAAAUGUUGAUUAUUUUGGAAGGAUAAGAAGAAUUUUAGAGAUCCAAUAUAUGAACAAUAAAUCAGUUAUGUUAUUUCAAUGUGAUUGGUUUGAACUUCCUCCUCAAGGUCGUAGUCAAAGUAGAGGUUACAAAAAAGAUGAAUAUGGAUUUGUCUGUGUAGAUAUAACACGACUUCAUUACACAAGUGAUCCAUUCAUUCUAGGCUCAAAGGCUCAAUCAGUGUAUUAUGUGAAACAUGGUCAAAGUGAAAAAUGGCAUUCAAUGAUAAGGGUAAGACCACGAAAUUUGUAUGAUCUUCCCGAACAAAAAGAUGAAAUGGAACAAUAUCAAUUGAUUGACUUAGUUGAAAGAGGAGAAACAAAUCAAGAACUAGAGUUGGAGAAUGAUAACAUCAGAAUAGAAAGAGAAGAUAUUAAUGGAGUGAGUGUUGAAGCACCUUCUCUCAAUAACGAGGAAGAAGCGGACUUAGUAGUUAUAGAUGAGCCUGAUCAUGAAAAUGUAGAUAACUUCAGUGAUUCUGCAAUAGAUGAAGAUACUAGUGAAUAUGAUGAAGUUGAGGAUGAUGAUUGAUUUUGAUUUUCAACUUGUCAUCAAGAUAAAAUUUGUUUGAAUCAGUUUGUCCGUAGAAGUUUUGUUUUUCACUUACCGAAAUAGUUAAUUUAUAUUUUUUAC